GGCGCCGCCGGCAGGGUGGGGGGAGCGAGGCUUGUCAGAGCUGGAGCGCGUCACCGUCGCCGCGAGAGACGCCGCGCUGCCCAAUAGGCAGAGGCGCUCCCUAGCAGCCUGGUGGGAGUAGAGAUAUAAAAGUGCUCCAACAAACCCGGAGCUGGGGUGCCGACCGCGGGCUGCUGGCGGGCUGCGCUGUGCUCCGCGGGUCCAGGUUAACUGGCUCCUCGGGACGGCCUUGCACGCUCUGCGCCCCGCACUCCGGCUGCGGCCCCGAGCCCGGCGAGAGGGCGCCCGACCCGCAGGCUCCAAGGGGAGGGGUGGCUCAUGCAAAAUGGUCCCUCACCUCUUGGUGCUCUGUCUCCUCCCCUUGGUGAGAGCCACCGAGCCCCACGAGGGCCGGGCCGACGAGCAGAGCCUGGAGGCGGCCCUGGCCGUGCCCAAUGCCUCGCACUUCUUCUCCUGGAACAACUACACCUUCUCCGACUGGCAGAACUUUGUGGGCAGGCGGCGCUACGGCGCCGAGUCCCAGAACCCCACGGUGAAAGCCCUGCUCAUCGUGGCUUACUCCUUCAUCAUUGUCUUCUCACUCUUUGGCAACGUCCUGGUCUGUCAUGUCAUCUUUAAGAACCAGCGAAUGCACUCGGCCACCAGCCUCUUCAUCGUCAACCUGGCAGUUGCCGACAUAAUGAUCACGCUGCUCAACACCCCCUUCACUUUGGUUCGCUUUGUGAACAGCACAUGGAUAUUUGGGAAGGGCAUGUGCCAUGUCAGCCGCUUUGCCCAGUACUGCUCCCUGCACGUCUCAGCACUGACGCUGACAGCCAUUGCGGUGGACCGCCACCAGGUCAUUAUGCACCCCUUGAAACCCCGGAUCUCAAUCACAAAGGGUGUCAUCUACAUCGCUGUCAUCUGGACCAUGGCUACGUUCUUUUCACUCCCACAUGCUAUCUGCCAGAAAUUAUUUACCUUCAAAUACAGUGAGGACAUUGUGCGCUCCCUCUGCCUGCCAGACUUCCCUGAGCCAGCUGACCUCUUCUGGAAGUACCUGGAUUUGGCCACCUUCAUCCUGCUCUACAUCCUGCCCCUCCUCAUCAUCUCUGUGGCCUACGCUCGUGUGGCCAAGAAACUGUGGCUGUGUAACAUGAUUGGCGAUGUAACCACGGAGCAGUACCUUGCCCUGCGGCGCAAAAAGAAGACGACCAUCAAAAUGUUGAUGCUGGUGGUGGUCCUUUUUGCCCUCUGCUGGUUCCCCCUCAACUGCUACGUCCUCCUCCUGUCCAGCAAGGUCAUCCGCACCAACAAUGCCCUCUACUUUGCCUUCCACUGGUUUGCCAUGAGCAGCACGUGCUAUAACCCCUUCAUAUACUGCUGGCUGAACGAGAAUUUCAGGAUUGAACUAAAGGCAUUACUGAGCAUGUGUCAAAGACCUCCCAAGCCUCAGGAGGACAGGCCACCCUCCCCGGUUCCUUCCUUCAGGGUGGCCUGGACAGAGAAGAAUGAUGGCCAGAGGGCUCCCCUCGCCAACAACCUCCUGCCCACCUCCCAACUCCAGUCUGGUAAGACAGAUCUGUCAUCUGUGGAACCCAUUGUGACAAUGAGUUAGAGGAGGUUGGGAAGAGGGAGUGGGAGGGGUCUGUCUCCACCCAAGGCAGGGAAAGAGAGCCCAUUCUCACACAUGAUCUUCAGAGUGCUGGAAACAUGCUCCUGCAGAAGCUGUAGGACUCUUGAAUUCCUAGGAAACUGUCCAGCCUCCUAGCCCCAUGUGAUGUGAAAACUAAAAGGCACCACCAACUAGACAUGUGUUCAUAAAUUCCCAUCUAAGAAACACUGGGAGGCACAGCAGUCUGGAUCUCUGAGGAAGAGGAGCAAGGACAACUUUGGCCCAGAUGGGGGCUGAAUCAUUCAACUGCCUCCAUCUGUGGGGCAGCUGCUGCCCUACAGCCCUUCCUACUGCUAAGCAUCCCGAAGGGAGACCUGCAUCACACUUUGGGUGUGGUGACCCAGAUGCACAGAGCUCUGCUUGAAACAAGUACACGGGCCAGGGAAAUGCCAGCAAGCCAGAGUGGGCGUGGAGAUUUUUAUGCCUCACUUUCUGGAGUCACUGGGCCAUAAUGAAUCAGAAGUCUUCAGUGGCCUAGCAAUACGCAGACAAGAAAGGACCAACUUGGGUUCCUUAAAACAAAGCGCACUUAUUAUUACCACUUAGAAAAAUUCAGAAAAGCAUACACACACACACACACAAUCACUCUCUUAUCCCAUCCAUUUGUGAUAACAUCUGUGAACAUGCUGUGGCUCUAUUUGCAAUGUUUUCCUUUGUGUGUGUGACUGUGUGCAUGUGUGCAUGACCUUUUUUUUUUAUUUAUACUUUUUCAUUUAGAUUGUAAUAAUUAACAGAAACAGGGGUACCUUUCCCAGGGGUGUCCACCAGAAGAGUUGAAGAAGAGGUGAGAAGAACCCAAGGUGAAGCCUGUCACCAUGCAGACAGAACUGCCCCCUACCAUAGACAGUGGUGGGAAGGGCCUGGCUUACAUGCCCCUCCUUAGAGGCAGCCUCACGAUGAACCAGGGAAUCAAACUCAACCAGGAGGCAUGAUUCCUCCUCUCCUGCUAUUGCGCAAAAACAAGAGGUGGUGAAACGUUGUUCUGUUUUCACAAGAGAUGAGGGAGCAGGCUUUCCAAUAUGCUGGAAGUAAUUGUGCUUAGACACCUCAUCCUCCCGAGCUGUCUAGAAAGGCAUUUUGCUGUGUUUUCUGAAUAAUGGGAGUUUUUUCA